CGUUCGUACGUAUUAGGGAACCCGUUCUUGCGUGGCAGCAGCGCUAGUGCGGAUCUAUCACGAAGAACCCUUUAAAAUGCGAAUAGAAAAGUGUUAUUUUUGUUCGUGUCCCGUUUAUCCGGGACAUGGAAUUCAGUUUGUCAGGAAUGACAGCAAGGUUUUCCGGUUCUGCCGGUCAAAAUGCCACAAAGCUUUCAAGAAGAAGCGAAACCCUCGCAAAGUACGCUGGACCAAGGCUUUCAGGAAGGCUGCGGGAAAAGAGUUGGCCGUGGAUAACUCAUUAGAGUUUGAGAAGAGAAGAAAUGUGCCUGUGAAAUAUAGCCGUGAGUUAUGGAAGAAGACUAUCUUAGCCAUGGCCAGAGUGGAAGAGAUCAAGAAGAAGAGACAGGAUCAGUUCAUUAUCAACAGAUUGAAGAAGGGUAAGACGUUACGUAAGGAGCGAGACAUCAAGGAAGUGAAGGAGAGCAUUCAUCUCAUCAGAUCGCCCGCAGCAAACCUGCUGAAGAAGAAGGAGGAGAAGUUGAUGCAAGUCAUCCCGGAUGCAAAUCCAGAAAAGAUGGAGACGGCGGAAUGAACCUCCCGGCAUCACACAAAAACCAAGGUGGUGUUUACCAAAACUGGGUUUCAUCGUCAACUUCGGCUGCAGGCUUCAGCUGACUGGAGACCCUCCAUCUCCGUGCAGCUCCAUUUUCUGCCGCUGAUUAUCAAAUCAUUUAAAAUUGCAUUCCCUUUGCUCUUAAACAAAUUAGAUUUUUUUUUAUUAAUGAAUUUUCAACUUGUGUUUUAUUCUAAUAAAAAAAACCUCCUUUUAUCUGUUUUUGGACGUCUGUAACCCUUGGAUAAAGGUUAUUGUUUUGGGCGCAAACCGAUCCUCUUUGAAAGCAGACUUGUUCCCGAUCCAUACAUUAUCAAUACCGAUUGUGGGGCGGGAACCAGCCUACCCCGCAAGACCAAAAUGUCUGGCAGCCAAUUCGAAGUUAUAAAGUAUUUAUUCAAUCGCUAAACAUGGGCCGAUUUUAUUUUAUUCAAAGUCUCAAUGACUUUUGUAUUUUUAGAAAUCUAGCAAUUUACAAAAAGAUUUUGUUUUGGGGGAUUAAACUGGGGUGGGGCAAGAUUUCUGUUAAAAGACUAAAUUGGUAUACAUCUGGAGUGACAUAAAUUUUUCUUGUAUUGUUCAAACAUGAAACUUAAUAUUCAUGUACAGUUUGUAUAUACAUGUACUGUCAUUAUGAAAAUGAACCCUAACCAUCCUGGAUUCUUCAAGGUCCACAAGGAGGUUUGAGAGGAUAUUGCAAGAUUGAGGCCAGUGAUGAGGAAAAACGGGCAGUAGCUUCUUUACUCAUAAAAUUGAGUAAAAUUGAGUCUCCUUGAAUAGAGCCGGGAUUUAUUGAGCAUACUUUAGCACAAUUAAUGUGUACAAGUACAAUAUUGUACUGUUUGCAGGAUUUUAAAAAGGGCAAGAUAAUAAAGCGAUCUUGACGAUUAAUGUGAACACCCUG